AUGGACAUCAAUUCACUUCUCUCGCCGCAGGACGCGAACUCGCAAUCGGGGCGUUCAACGCCCGGUGUCGGUCCUGCAACCGCUGUCAACCCACCUGCCCAAUCCACAGGACCAGUCCCAAAGCCUCGAAAGGGUCGCACUCCCAAAGGAAUGACUUCAUCUCCGCUUGCGCAUCAAGUUCUAACCCCAUCGCGCCUACCCGAGCCAUCUCCGCCUUCUGCUGGGCCGAGCUCUGGAGGGAAUGGAACCCCAGCUACUGACCUGCCUAGCUCUAGACAGCCCUCAACGCCCGGAAUGGAUACGCUUGCAGACUUGGCGUCGAUGCAGACCCAUCAACCUCCGCGCUCCAACGCUCAAAUCUUGCGAAACACAGAGUCCUACGAGAGCCAGCUCUCUCCCUCUACUAUGUAUCCGAAUGUCAACCAGAUCUCGCAUAACACACCAAGACCCCGCUCGUCAUUUGACAUCGCAAUGUCCGAAGGCCCGAGGGAAAGUGCUCGGCGGAACUAUACAGACACGUCUUUGGUACCAAAUGCGCAGCGGCUAGCAACGGAGUUGUUUAUUCAGAUCCAAGAAAACCCCCAUUCGUAUGAUGCGCAUGUCAACUUCAUUCGACUUCUACAUGCAGGGUUUGUCAAUCACGUGUAUCCGCCGAACAACCCCGAUACCCAUGGCGACCCUCGGAAAUACGACCUCCUUAAAGACAUGAGGACGGCCCGAGAGGAGAUGGACAAGCUCUUUGCCAUGGGUGAGGAUCUCUGGGCCGAGUGGAUUCAAGAUGAAAGUAUGUUGGCGCAUACCGUGGAUGAACGAAUUGCGGUGAUGGAGCUGUGUCAACGAUCUGUCGAGGAGGAAUACGGCAGUACCAAGCUAUGGGGUAUCUAUGGAGAAUGGGUGCUCUAUCUUUACAAGUCUGCACACAGCGAGGUCGGUCAAGGCCACUGGACAGAGGAAGAUAAACUCAUUGGUCGGGAGGUCUUCUCCUGGCAAUCGGUGCUGGAAGUAUGGCAAAGAGGUGCCGAGGCGACGCGGUGGAGGAUAAAUGAUAGUCACAUGGUGUGGGACCGAUUCCUGGACCUCCAGAUACAGGACAUCGCGCGUGAUCCAAAUCAGGACAAGGUAAAUCAUGUGAGAGGGUUAUUUGAUAUUCGACUCCAAACUCUUCAUGCUACCUGGGAUCAGACCUUUCAGCUUUUCUCUGGGUUUGUUUCCGCUUACUGCAAUGCUAAUUACGAAGAAAUCAUGUCGGAAACCGUGAUGCACGCGAAUGGGAUCAAGGACAAAUACAUUCUCCGCGAGCCGUUUGAGAUGAGGCUUAGUAGCGCGGCUGAAUCCGGUGAUUUGGCUCUUGAAUGGAGCAUCUUCGCUGAGUACAUCGACUGGGAGGUUAGUCGAAACAGACGGAAGCGUCAAACUACUUUCGAUCUAGUCAAUGCUAUCUACCAGCGUGCUGUUUUGCGAUUUCCUACCGACAACAACAUCUGGGAGGACUAUGUGAUGUUCCUCAUUGAUGAGUCCAUGCACGGCAACAAGAAUACGACAACAAUCUCUACCCUUGAUCGCGCAACCCGACAUUGUCCGUGUUGCGGCACCCUUUGGUCUCAAUAUCUCCUCAGUUCAGAAAGAGAAUUACAGUCCUUUUCCAAGAUUGCCGAUAUCAAGCAUAAAGCAACAAGUACUGGUUUACUUGAUGCUGGUGGGAUGGAAGAGGUUCUCAAAGUCCAUACCACAUGGUGCAGCUACCUGCGUCGGCGGGCCUUUUUGUCAGAAUCCACGGAUGAAGAUUUGGAUGUUGCUGAGGUUGGUAUUCGAUCCGCCAUUGAGAGUGUUCAAGAGCUUGGUGAGAAGAAGUAUGGUCGGUCUUAUCAAGGUGACCCGCUCUUCCGCCUCGAGCGUAUCUACAUUCGAUAUCUUAGUGAGAGCGGCAGUUGGGAUAGUGCACGGGAAACAUUUAAAGGCCUUGUCGGACGCCGUGGAAACAGCUACGAGUUUUGGCUCACGUAUUACGGAUGGGAGUUGAUCUCAUGGAGCAAGUUCGUCCAGGGCGAAGCGACUGCUGAUGCUGCGAGACGGACCCCUAACCCUAGCUAUGCUACAGCGGUGCUGAAACAGGCCAUUAAAAGAACGGAUCUGGACUGGCCGGAGAAGAUCAUGCAAACCUAUGUCGCUCAUUGCGAGGAUUACGAGGACUCGGAUGAGUUACAACUUGCUGUUCUAGAGACAAGAAAGGCGACGAGAGCCGUCAAUGCGCGGCGGGAGAGAGAAGCAAGGGAAGCGGCAGCCUUGCAGGCUCAACAUAUUCAGCAAACACAAGAAGCACAAUCGAUAGGCCACACGGAGAAAAGGAAGCGCGAUGAUGAAAAGGAAGUGAAUGGUGUGCCCAGCAGCAAAAAGGCCCGUGCAGAGGAGCCGGAGUUGCCAGCUUCAGAGCCAGAGCCCGUUGCACUGCAGAGAGAUCGUGAAAAUGCUACAGUUGUAGUCAAGAAUCUACCUCAUCACAUCACUGAGCACAAAGUUCGGCAAUUCUUCCGCCAUUGCGGUAUUAUCAAUGGUGUCAAAAUGGUUGCUGGCGAGGAUGGUAACUCGGAAACGGCUAUCAUCGAAUUCGAUUCCAAAGAUGAGGCUCUUGUUGCCCAAACCCGCGAUCAAAAACUGCUCGAUGAAAAUACAAUCGAGGUGCAAUUGGAGUCUGGGUCAACGCUAUUUGUCACCAACUUCCCUCCCACGGCUGAUGAAGCGUAUAUCCGUAAUCUGUUUCGCGAUUACGGCGAAAUUGUUGAUGUGCGCUUUCCUUCUCUCAAGUACAACACCCAUCGGCGAUUCUGCUACGUGCAAUUCAAGGCGUCAAGUGAAGCCUACAAAGCCACGGAGCUACACGGGUCUACAGUUGGCGACAACUUGCAGCUAGUUGCCAAAAUAUCUGAUCCUUCCCACAAACAGGACCGUCAUGGUCCGAUGCAUGAGGGACGAGAGGUUCAUGUAUCUAACGUCGACUGGAAGGCCAGCGAGGGAGACCUCAAGGAUUUAUUCUCAAAGUAUGGCAAAGUGGAGGCAGCGCGGAUUCCAAAAAAGGUUGAUGGCGGAAGUAAGGGCUUUGGCUACGUUGUCUUCUCUUCCAAGGACGAGGCAAAUGCUGCCCUUGCCAUGCAUCUGCGAGAAUUCCGUUCUCGGCCGCUACAAGUCAAGCUGUCUACCCCCCAAGGGGCAAAACGGAGUGCCACCACCGUCCUGUCUCAUGUUCAGGGGUCCCGAUCACCUUCUGUGGAAGCUAAUGGUACCAAGCAUCCCAACGAUGUGGAAGCACCAGCUGGUGAGCGCGCAUCCCGCACGCUUGGGCUCAUGAAUGUUCCGGAUACGGUCAACGACGCGCGUAUUCGUUCGCUCGUCGAACCGUACGGCAAGUUGAUCAAGAUCAUCUUGCGACCGGAUCAUCAAGGCGCCAUUGUUGAAUAUGCGGAUGUUCAUCAUGCUGGAAAGGCAUCAUUGGAGCUCGAGGGUCAAGAAAUUGCUCCCGGGCGCAAGUUACAUGUUGGUACGGUCCCUGAGAUGCUGAAGCAGUCAGCCGAGAGGAAAGGAGAACGCACACAGUCAAACAAGCCAAAAGAGAAGAACGCCGGAUUGUUUCAACCGACGGGUCCUAUCAAACGACCUCCGCAGCCCGGUGCACGAGGAGGCAAAAGAGGUGGAUUGGGAGUGAAGCGAAGCAUGCCUCCGCCACCACCGCCACACAGCGCGUCGAGUGAGAAGGAGAAGGAUUCAGGCAAGACGACCACGACGACGACGACAGAUAUUGACCACCAAGCUGACGGUGGGAAAACGAAAAAGAGCAAUGAUGACUUCCGUGCGAUGAUCCAGCGGACUGUCAGCUGGCUUCAUCCCUCCAACCUCCCUAUUCGACCGGAAUAUUCCCUCAUCAAUCAUUCGAUAGUUAUAUCAGCCAGUGCUUAUAUCCCCUUGAUCGAUUAUUCCUUUAGUUUGACCCAAACAAAUCGGUUAACUGGUUUUGUGCGCUUUGCGAAUUGCGACGUCAUCACUACAACACUACUUCUUCCCCAGCCGCAUAUACAAACACUCCACACACACACACACACACACACACACACACACACACACACACACACACACACACACACACAGACACUGCUUUUUAGCUACCAGGACAACGGUUCUAACAUUCCCUUGCCCCCAGCAUUCGGAUUGACCAUUUCCUCCAUCGUCAUUCCAAAAUGGGUCAGUUAUGAAAGCGAAAAGCCUGGAUUCAAUUACUCCUACGGUCUCCAUCGCCGCUGCUCCUCACUCACGAAUACCUGUGAGAGUUUCCCCGAACAAUCAGAAUGUCAUGGCGAAGACCGGUAUUUCUGUUCCAUGUGGCGCACGGUCGGGUUCCUCAUGUCGUUUGCGGUUGUGUUGCAGGGAAUGGGCGUCGUGGCGUACAUAGUCGUCUUGUCGGGCGGAAAGCGACUACGGGAAUCGGGAUGGAAGGGUGUCAGUUUGAUGAUUGUUCUGUCUGCUAUUGUGCAGGCUUCUAGUAUGGCGAUUGUGGCAUACCUCUACGACAAUGAAGAACGGUUCUUUGUCGGCUGGAAACUCGACGAGUCCUGGGUUUACUGCACGGUCAGCUGGUGUAUCAGUCUUGCCUGUGCUGGUAUUCUCAUCAUCGCCGUGCAUAUUCUCCCAUCUGAAGGAGGAUACGAAUUGAUUCCGGAUCACUCUUAA